GUUCCCCCAGCGUAGUCUGUCUGUCAAUGGUACGCGUAUGACAACAAAACUGCUCUGGAGCAAGUAAGCGAAAGUUUCCCCGGUAAGUUGUCUCCUGGGGAAGGUCGAGCUAAUUCAAAGGUUGACAUUGACAUUGACAAGCAUAAUUCGUUGGGUGGGAUUUGUGGUGCGGGGUUGACAAGAUGUCACCGCCGGCUAUGUAGUGGAAAAGUGGCAAACAAGUCAAGAGUGUUACAGGACGUUUGACACUUGUGACGCGUUGGUGUUUCGUCGCCGAGUUGCUGACUAUGACUUCCUCGCCGCUCCUUUGCGGGAAAAGGAAGGAGGUGACGAUGACGAUGAGCAGUUAGUGGACAGCCAGGAAGGCGACCAGACGGACGAACCAGGGGCCGCUCUGUGUGUGAGUUUAAGCCGAAUCGAAACAGGAUCCCGGCUACGACGAGGCGAGAAUGCCGCGGAGGAAACAGUCCAACCCACAGCCUGUCAAAUCAUGCUUGUGUGUGGAGCCCCUCCCUCACCCUUCUGCCUUGUGUCGACACAGUCACAUGCGGCUUAAACAGAAAACAAGACGCGGCAUUGGAUGAUGGUGGUGUGACGUGUGAUCCGAGCGGUCUGGUUCUGGAAGGCGACGUUCUCCUAAGUGGAGAGUUGGAGUUCGGUGACUCUGAGAUCAUGAGAUUGGACCGAGACACCAGUGUGACGGUGUUGUCUCUGAGCGUGGAUGAGGAUCCUUCAUCCCUUCCAGACACGACUUUCCCAAUAUUCCGCUCGUGUAAAGGCUGUGGUCAGCUUUUAUGUGACGCACCACUGGGAGCAGAGUUUGAUCUUGGUGUAAGCUUGGAUCUUGGGGCGGCGCUUUACUGUCUCACCUGCGAGCCGGGUGUCCAGCGCUAUGCUUCAAUCAAUUCAGCACAAGCGGAGGAAGCCAAGAUGGUUGACAAGAAGGAAGUCAGUGAAGGUGAAACUGAUGGCGCUAAUGACCUUCCUCGUAAACUCCACUCCUGCUCACAGUGCACUUUCACGUCCCGUUACUCCAAUCACCUGAAACGCCACAUGCGCAUCCACGACGGCCAAAAGCCACAUUGCUGCCCUUUGUGCCCCUAUGCCUCGGCUCAGUUGGUCAACCUGCAACGGCACACACGCACACACACGGGAGAGAAGCCAUACCGCUGCCAUCAGUGCAGCUAUGCCUGCAGUUCCCUUGGCAACCUGCGGAGGCACCAGCGCCUUCAUAUACAGGGGCGCCAACCAAGGAGAGUCAGGGACAUCAGAAAAGCUAGGAGGAGAAAAGCGGAUGGUAAAAGCAAAAAAGUCAUUUCAGAUCUGACGCUGCAAGUUUCUCAGGACUCGACUUACUUGCAAAUGCAGGGCGGGCUGACAUCCGCCUCUAACCCGCUGCCUGUCCUGCUCUUUCCACUGUGCUGCCGGUUAUGCAGCCUCACGUUGGAGGAGGCUGACAUGGAGGGCGUCAACAUGGAAGAUGGAGAGGACGGCAAAUGGCAGGUAUGCCGGCGCUGCUCAUUGGACCUUCUGAUCAAAGAUGGUACGGCUUGUCCCAGCGGCCCACUUGCGACUCGGCAACCACGGCGGCGUGGCAGCAAGCUGUAUCGCUGCUCUCUCUGCCCCUUCCUGUCACAUUACCCCAAUCACUUGGCGCGCCAUUCCCACACCCACUCUGACAACAAACCUCACCGCUGUCCACACUGCCCCUACACCUCCUCGCAUCUCGACAACCUCAAGCGGCACAUGCGCAUACACACGGGCGAGAAGCCAUACCAGUGCCCAUCUUGCAGCUACGCCUGUGGUAACCUUGCCAACCUGCGCCGCCAUGAGCGCAUCCACUCGGGUGCCAAGCCCUUCCACUGUGACAUUUGUGGCUACUCCUGCAACCAGAGCAUGAAUCUAAAGAGACACAUGCUGCGACACACAGGCGAGAAGCCGUACGCUUGCGGUGAGUGUAACUACACGACGGGACACUUGGACAACUACAAACGCCAUCAGAGGAAACACGGACACUGCAUAAACCACUGGGACCAAAAGAUGCCUGAACAUGGCCUCAAGUGAGACUAAGAGCCUCAGGAACUGUGUGUGUGUGUGUGUGUGUGUGUGCUGCUCAGGUAGCGGUUCAACUCAGGUUCCUUCCACCAACAGACUGUAAAUCUGAUAUCAGUUUUGAUCUGAUGAGCAAAGCUUUCAAAACUGAAUGGGACAUUGAGUUUAAUUUCCCAUUUUCUAUGAAAGUGUUUCCAUUUAAAAUGAAUGGGCUGUUUAUUUGGUGCCUUGUACUGGUGAAAAAUCAUUUUACAUUUUUCAUUACUGAAUCAUUCUGCUGGUAAUACAGAGGUGACAUGGCGACAUGGAAGAGUGCUUUGUUCCCCACCCCGAGGUUGCCAGUUAAAUUCCUGUGUAGGCAUUCAUAUGUUUUAUAAAAUGAUAUUACGUUAGGCAGACAUCUGUAGACUAGGCAGACAUCGCCGCCACCUGCAGAAUUAGGCAAUGGUCGAACUGAGGCGAGAGUAUAUUCUGAUUGAUUGAGCCGGGUUUAUAUAUUUCAACAUUCAGUCUGCAUUCUUACUUUCCAACAUUUCAAUUUCUGCUGUUUUUAGUCUGCUAAAGACAAAUGGACAAAUUAAAUGGUACCCACUACUGGUGAAACGUUGCUUCACAAUUUCGAUAACAUAUAUUACUAUAACGUUCCACUCAUUUUACAGGUUAACAUAGCUCAAUUGGUAGGGUGGUUAGCCCUUGUCUAAUUGUUCAUCACGUUUAACACAAUUACAUUACAUUUAACAUUUUGCAAUUUUUUUUUCUUAUCAAGACCUUAUAUGCAUUUCAACAUUUAUACAUUUUAACAGCAUUUCAGUACACCUUCAGCUAAGUUUCCAAACUAUCAUUACAUUCAUUCUACAUUUCAGCAUAUUUCCACAGCAUUUCAAUCCAGCUUCAGCUCUUCAGCUUCCAAAUUACUACAUUCAUUCUACAUUUGAACUUUCAUACUUUUCAUACUCAAAGCAUUUCAGUUUUGCUUCAGCUUUUCAGAAUCCUUAUGUAGUGUCUACUAGCAUUGCUUCAUCUAGUUAUCAUUUAUUGUUUCUGGUUAGAGCACUUUCAAUGUAUACAUUUAUGUUCAGAGGUUUUAAGUUUGCAAAUAAGUCUUGGCGAUGUGAAACUGGCGACGCUGGCGUUCCAGCUUCCACUUCCUGGCCUGUUUGAGACUUGGUGGUUACAGGGUUCCCCUUCAAGGGGAACAGUUUGGGUCUUCUUACACAUUUAUUUGAAUACAUAAUUACGUACGUUUUUUUGAACUGAUGGUGGUUGCAGACAUUUGCUAAGAAAUGGCUGUGAAAGACUCCCAGCUCCUGUAAAAAGACACCAGCAGAUGCAGUCGAUCAUGAUCACUGGCAAGAAGCAGUCCUGCCAACACGUACGCAUUUAGUUGCCUUUCACUGGUUUCAGUUUUGAGUUUAGAGACUUCUAACCGUAGCGAGACGUGCACCUCCAAAAAAAUAAUAUGCUGGGCUGUGAUUGGUCGGCUUGUAGUACAUUAUUUGCUGUUCAGAGGGCACAAAUGCCUUCUCCGAUUUUGGAUCAACAUUUGCAAUGAAAAUCACUGUUGCAGCGCAUUGAUUUGUUCCAAUUGCAAUAACACUCCCAUUCUCUUUUUGGUCAUCAUCGUUCACUCGCUACAAAGGAAGCUAACAAGCUAAAUAGUUGACAAGAGUUGACAUCACGUCACGCACUCAACCCUGACAAAGAGCUAUAAAAAGUGCAGCCAUUUGCAGCCCGUGGCACAUUUGUUAUUGGUCCAUGCACUUUAUUUAAAGCCUUUUUUACAAAUUAAAAACAUCUAAAAAAAUAUCACACUGUGGCUGAAGAAGUGAAAUAAUUGAAAAUCUGUCUUGCAUAAAUUGUCAAUGACAUUCAUGUGCAUGAUGCAGGUAUAUAAACUUCUAACCACAACUAUAAGUAUUUUCCCAUUCUCAUGGGCAACAGAAGAAUAUAAACCAAUAUAAAUAAAC